AUGGGAACAAAGAAAACCUACGCCGGCUUCUCGAAGAAGGGAUACGCCCCGCACAACCCGCGGAAGCACAACCAAGACGCGCUUAUCAUGGCGGAGGACGCGUCGACGGCGACGCUGUUCCUUGCCGUCAUGGACGGCCACGGUGAAGUCGGGGAGAAGGUGGCACAGGCGUUCCGCGUUGGGCUGGUUCCGGCUGUGCUUGAUCACCCCGAGUGGGAGACGUCUCCGGAGAUCGCUGUAGCGGAGUCGAUCUCCUCCAUUGAGCGGAUCUUACUGGCGGACUCCUCGAUCGACACAUCAAUGAGCGGCACAACCCUGGUGUCGGUCUGCGUGCGCGGCACAAAGCUCAUACUCACCAACGUUGGCGACUCCCGCGCGACCCUCGGUAGGCGGCGCUUGCGCGGCGAGGGGGGCUCCGCGAACGACGGGGGGGGGUCGCUCGUUGCCCAGGCACUAACCGAGGACCACAAGCCGGACAUUCCUGCAGAGAAGGAGCGCAUCGUUCGGGCGGGGGGAAGAGUGUUUUCGAUCGAGUACUCGGAUGGGGUGGACGGCCCGCCAAGAGUAUGGCUCGCCGACAAGGACACGCCCGGGUUGGCCAUGUCAAGGACUCUCGGGGAUACGGUCGCGCACACGGUGGGGGUGACUUCCGACCCAGACACUUACAGGUGCGACCUCCAUGACCAAGAGACUGGGGUCCAAGGGCGUGUCAACAACGGCGGUGGUGGUGGCGGUGGCGGCGACGGAAAAGACCAGGCCGCUGCUGCUGUGCUCAUCCUGGCAACGGAUGGGCUUUGGGAGUUUAUAUCGGACCAGGAAGCCGUUGACAUCGCUGCGCAGUGCUCAGAACCGCGGCAAGCGGUGCUGGCUCUGACGCACGAGGCUACAAACCGCUGGAUGAAAGAAGAGCAGGUGGUUGACGAUAUCACCGUUUGCGUCGCCUUCUUUAAGGGAUGGAGAGAGGAGGAGGAAGAGGACUGA